CCUGGUUUGCCCGCGGUGAGGUCGUCGCGAGUCGCGACUCGCUCAGCGCUCAGGUGUGCACCGCCCUCGACUUGCUCUCGUCCGUGCGCGACUCCCACUCUAGAUCCGCAGUACUCAUUGGUAUAAAUCAUCAGUCAAAAGACUGCGUAGCCCUGACGACGCUGCGCACUUGAAGACACGACGACCUUGUCAGUGGUACUCAUUGUCACUGUGAGGUUCGGGUAGUGUCAAUUUUACUGGGCAUGGCGAUGACAAGGAGCGGAGAUUCGCCCACCAGCAUUGCCCGCGUGCUCCGCGAGUACUGCGUCGUCCGCCAGCUCAAUCGGAGACCCACGGGCAUCAACGACCUUCCACACGACGUACUCGUCCUCAUUCUCCGCGAUGCCUUCAGCAAAACGCGUCGCUUUUUCUCCAGAACCCGAAUCUAUGGGCAGGAAAAUACUACCGAAUGGGCAUCCCGACCUCCGUACGACGAUCGAAACCCAGAGCACGCCUCUGCUGAGUGUCUCGCAUCCGUAUGUCCGCUGUGGCGGGAGGCCAUGUCAGGCCUGUCCGUCUUCUGGACGCAGCUCAUCAUAUGGGUCGGCACUGACCCCACGCCGCUUUCGAGGAUCCGUCAAUAUCUUUCCUGGUCACGAGAUCAUCUCCUCGAGGUCUACGUUCUACGGAGGUUCGAUCCUUUUAUGGAGGAUCGUGCGGAGAAGGGUCAGAUCAAGGCCAUUUUUGAGCUCCUCUUGCCUCACGUUGCUCGUUGGAAGAUUUUAUGCAUGGCCCUUCUCCAUGCUAGCUCGCUCCCAAUUCCCUGCAUUGACCUAGUGGGGCGUGCAGACAACCUCGCCGAGUUGCGCCUUGACUUCCUGGUUGACGAUGCAGUCGAAAGCAUCGAUAACCUCUCGCCUCCGACCAGCAACUUCGAUACUGCUGAGCUGGAGACGCUCUCCAUGAGCGCUGUUCACUUCCGCGAGUGGCACGUGAGGUCAUUCCCUCAGCGGUCGCUCCCGCCGAGACUCUGGUGGCUCAGCCUCACUGGCUACGCCUCGAACCAAGCACCUUGGUCGGUCGCGGAACUCUUGAAUACGCUCCUGACAGCCAAGCAGCUCUGCGUCUUAUACCUCAACAACGUCCAGCUCGAUUGCUCGCACCCUGACCCGCCCCUCGCGCGACCCAAGAGAUAUGGAUGGCAGGUCGACGUCACCUUCACGGACAUGUCUGCCGAAGUCAUCGCGGAAUACAAUCGCCUCCUCUCUGAUCCCUACGUCGAAGCGGUAUCAUAUAUACGCUGCUCGAUCCCAAACGGUGAUUCUCUAUCGCUUAGACCCGUCAACUCGUCGUACAAUGUCACUCUGGAUCAAAUCGCUGAUCCCCUAGCAACGUUGUACUUCCUCACUGUCGUCGCGGGCCCCUUCUCCUACGCUAUCGCGCAUAUCUACGACUGCGACGGACUUUGUCCAGAGACCCUUUCCGCACUGGCGACGACAACGCGCACGGACGACGGAGAAGUAUUUUCGUGCUUUGAUCUCAGGGAGCUUCACAUCGGUGGGUGCAAGCGCUUCCAAAGUAGCGACUUGCGGGCGAUGCUCGAGGCGCGUUACAAGGCACACGAAGCGACUGGUUUCGCGACGGAGGACGACGAAGGUUAUGUGGUGACGUCGGUGAGGGAACUCCAUGUGCACGACUGCUGCGAGUUGGAUCCGAAAGACAAGGAAUGGCUCAACAAGCAUUUGGAGUCCGUUUACUGGGACGACUGGAAGGGAGGUACGGGGCCGCUGCCAUUCUAAUACUGAACGUGUACCGUCUAUUGUACAAUGCGGAUGGGCUGUAGUACUCGACUGAGUACACGAACCACUCUAACCGCGUGAGCUGAUGCCGAGGGAGUACGAGAGUAGCAUAGUUGAAUUCCAGUUGACGGCACCAGGCGAGUCGGCGACGCAUAUGCAUGAGUUGUUCGUCUGCCAGUGUGGCGAUCGUUCUCACGAUUCGACGCCUCUCCCGCAAGCCUACCGUCCCAGACUGUCAGUGUCCCGUGCCUGGUUGGGAUGGUUGGAGCGGAGGGAUAUGCAGGCAGGAUGCAGGCAGGAAGGGUGAUCGACGUCGCUGAUUGCUGACCGGACCAUCUGUACAUUUCUGUCACCCCUUCUUCACGCGUUCGUAUAUGGCGUCUCUCUCCGGAUCAUC